AUGGGUGAAUCAAAUGUUGAUCAAACAACUAAACAAUCCGAUGAAGAACGUCUUCCAGCAUUUAUUCUUGAAAAAUGUCUCACUGAUAAUAUCCAAGAAGAACAAAUCGAAUAUAAAUUAAACGCACCUUUGUGCAUUUCAAAAAUUUAUAAAAAUGAAUUUUUUCCUUAUUUUCAUUUGAAUUACUCAGGCACAUUUGAAAAUCAAGAGUUAUUUUUCGCUUCGAUUCGAGUGAUUGCGAAAGAAAGUAAUGAAGAAGAAGAAGAAGAAGAAGAAAGAAUUGUUCAAGCAUUGAUUCGAACGAAAACUAAUAAUUACCAUGUAUCAAAUAAAAUGAACAUAACAAAUGAAGAAAAUCUUCUACGAAUGUUAUUCAACAAAGUUCAAUUACAACCAAUUCAGCAUUAUGAAAUCAUUCGUCAUAUUAACGCUAAUGGAAAACUUCUUGAAUUUGAUCAAUCCAAUGAUGAACAAUAUUCGAGUAAAAUCGCUCUGAUAUUUCAACGUUUAAAUCAAACAAGUGAAGAUGAAAUUUUCAAUAAUAAUGAUUUAUCCAUGGAAAUGGAGGAUUUUCUCAAUUUCAUCAGCGAUCGGAUCGAACUGAAAAAUUUUCCGAAAUAUCGCGGUGACCUCGAUGUCAAAACCAAUGAACAUGGAAUUUAUUCCUAUUUUACAACUUUUCAAAAUCAUCAAAUUAUGUUUAAUGUUGCUCAGAUGAUUCCGUUAGAUAAAAACAAUCAAGAUUUUAUUCAAAGAAAAGGUUUAAUUGGAAAUGCAUUAAUCUGUGUUGUUUUUCAAGAAGGAGGUGCAACAUUUCAACCGGAUUUUAUUCUUAGCAAAGUCACACAAGUUUAUAUCACUGUUCAACCAAUCAAAAUUGAUUCUCAACUUUAUUAUAAAAUCGAAAUUUGGCGUCGUAGUGACAUUGAACCAAUCAGGGUACCGUCUGUUGGAAUUAUUCCAGUAAAUGAGUCCUUUCGAAGUUAUUUCUUAACAUUAUUAUUAAAUACAAUGAAUAUUAUUUUGAAAAAAGAUUAUUUCUCUAAAAGAAUCAUUGAACCACGACAACAAUUGAGAUCAGAUUCAAUGGAUAAACUCUCUCAAUUAUUUUCUUCAUAUUCUAAACCAAUACCUGUCAAUCCAACACAAUCAGUAGCUCAACAUCAACAUAGUGGACUGAUUCCGAAAAUCUUAGAAGCAUUUUCAACACCUCGUCAUGACACAACGAAGAAACAAACAGGAAAAUCAAACUCAUGGAUGACAAAUUAUGGAAAAGUGAGACGAUAUUUAUCAACGAGUCCAAAUAGUUCAGCAACAACAGAUCUUGUUGAGAAUCGUACACAACUACUAAAUCCCAAUUUUGAAAGAUCGAUUUCAUCGGAAUCAAUUUCAAGUUUAGUUACGAGUUUACCACAUCAUAUGGGAUCAAAUACGGAAAAAUCAUCUGGAAGUCAUCCAAAUUUGAAUAUUGAAGGACAAUCAGUUAAAGUUUAA